AUGAGGCUUCAAGGUGGCGGCCUUGCCAAGGGUCGUCAGUAUUUGCCACAAAUCUUAACGGCGUUGGCCAUAUUGGUUGUUGCUAAUGUAGUGUCGGCAGACCCUUAUGUAUACUCUUCUCCACCACCUCCGAUGUAUGAGUAUAAGUCAACACCACCUCCUUCUCCUUCUCCGCCACCACCUUACGUGUACAAAUCUCCACCUCCUCCCUCACCUUCUUCCCCGCCUCCAUAUGUUUAUAAAUCACCUCCUUCCCCUUCUCCAUCACCACCUCCACCAUAUGUGUAUAAGUCUCCACCGCCUCCAUCACCAUCACCACCUCCACCAUAUGUGUAUAAGUCUCCACCGCCUCCAUCACCAUCACCACCUCCACCAUAUGUAUAUAAGUCUCCACCGCCUCCCUCACCAUCUCCACCUCCACCGUAUGUGUAUAAGUCUCCACCACCUCCACCAUAUUACUACAAGUCUCCUCCUCCACCAUCACCUUCACCACCACCUCCGUAUUACUACAAGUCUCCACCUCCACCUUCACUAUCACCUCCGCCACCAUACUAUUAUAAAUCUCCACCACCUCCUUCACCAUCACCACCCCCGCCAUAUUAUUAUAAGUCUCCACCGCCACCUUCUCCUUCACCUCCUUCACCAUAUUAUUACAAAUCUCCACCACCUCCUUCACCUUCUCCUCCACCACCUUAUUACUACAAGUCUCCUCCACCUCCAUCUCCAUCACCACCACCACCAUAUUAUUACAAGUCUCCUCCUCCACCAUCCUCAUCACCACCCCCACCAUACUACUACAAGUCUCCACCACCACCUACUAAAUCACCUCCUCCCCCGUACUAUUACAAUUCUCCACCACCACCAAUGAAGUUUCCCCCUCCACCAUAUUACUACUCCUCAACACCACCAGAAAAGAAAUCACCUCCCCCACCAUAUCACUACACUUCCCCACCACCACCUGUUAAGUCACCACCUCCUACAUACUACUACUCCUCCCCACCUCCACCUAAGAAAUCACCUCCUCCACCAUAUCACUACACUUCUCCACCACCACCAAUCAAGUCACCUCCAACAACUCCAUACUACUACAAGUCUCCCCCACCUCCAACUCAUUACUAUCCUCCACAUCAUCAAUUGGUGGUCAAAGUUGUCGGAAAAGUCUACUGUUUUAGAUGCUAUGAUUGGAAGCACCCAAAAAUGUCUCAUGGAAAGAAGCACCUGAAAGGUACCAUAGUUUUUAUAUCAUGCCAGUUUUCUUUACUUUCUCUUAAUUAUCCAACUAUAUAUUCUCCUCUUUGA